UAUAAGCUUGUGCGGCAGUGGUCUGUUAUUGCCACGUUGAACUGGAAGAUUCUGACAUAACAGAGGAGAUACAUGAAGAAGAUUCCGAUGCAGACUACAUACCAGACGAUAAGGAAACUGAAAAUUGGUUGGAGGAAAGAAAUCAGAUGGAAGAUUUUUCUGUUGAAAAAAAGAGGUUUUACAUUGGUAAAAAUAAGUUCAAAUGGCAUAAAGACCAGCCUCCAGUCAAUGUAAGGACUAGAAAACAUAACAUUGUACUCACUCUAACUGGACUACGACCAAAAGCUAAACAGCUUGGCGCUAAUCCGGAGAUUGAAGACAUCUUGCUUCUUCUAUUUUCUGAAGAUAUGAUAGCAGAAGUAAUUCAGUGGACAAAUGUGAAGAUCAUUGAUGCAAGAAAAAAGUAUAAAGACCAGGCAAGUCCGAUAUUAUCCACAACCACCGCAGUUUUCAAAUCAGAAAAUGAGAGCAUAGAGUCCUUGUUUGCCAUAGAUGGCACAGGAAGAGACGUUUUUCGAUGUACCACGGCGAAAAGACGCUUUGAGUUCCUACUUACUGUUCUUAGAUUUGACGAUGCAACUCUACGAAAUGAAAGACAAAUUGAGGGCGACCCUGUGCCUCACAUAUCAAAAAUAUUCAAUAAAUUCAUAGAUAAUUCCCAGAAUGCCUUCUCUAUUGGCACUAAUGCUACCGUGGAUGAAAUGCUCGUAGCAUUCAGGGGCCGUUGUAAAUUUAAAAUAUAUAUGCCGAAAAAACCGGCUCGUUAUGGAAUCAAAAUAAUGUGCCUGACAGAUGCCCGAAAUAAUUACCUUUAUAAUGCCUAUAUUUACGCUGGAAAAGGAUUAGAUUCACUAACAUUAUCUGCAAAUGAAAGAAAAUUGAAAAUCCCAACACAGUCUGUAAUCAGGCUAGUGGGGCCAAUUAAAAAAACCAAUAGAAAUGUUGCAGCUGAUAAUUGGUUUAGCUCUGUGGAAUUGGUUCAACACCUCCAAAACAGGGGUCUAACCUAUGUAGGAGCGCUAAAAAAGAAUCAAGCUGCAAUUCCACCAAGCUUUCAAGCUAACAAAAAUCGAAGACUCAACAGCAGCCUCUACGGAUACAAUAAUGAUAUGACUUUACUUUCUUUUGUACCAAAAUCUUCAAAAUCAGUUAUUCUGAUUUCAUCUAUGCAUCAUGGUGAAUCAACUGAUCAAGAAACUGGUAAGCCAGAAAUAAUAGCAUAUUACAAUUCGACAAAAGGUGGCGUGGAUAGUUUGGACAAAAAAUCUGUAAACUAUAGUCCAAGUCGUAGGACACAAAGAUGGCCUACGGCAAUAUUUUUCAUGCUUGUUGAUGUAAGUACAAUAAAUGCUUAUGUUUUGUGCUCAAGCUACAAACAUACUCCAAAACUGGAAAGGGCAGAUUUUCUAAAAAAGUUAGCAAGAAGUCUGGUUUUGCCACAAUGGAGAGUUAGAAUAGCAAACUCAAAACUUCCCAGAGAAUUGCGAGUGACAAUUGAAAGCUUAUGCGGGAGCACUGACUAUUCUGCUCAUAGCAGUGACGUCCUAGAAGAUCGCUUGGAAAAAAGAGCAACAUGUUACAGAUGUCCACCAAAGUUGAAAAGGAAAACUCAAUACGGAUGUGCAUCAUGCAAGAAACCCAUAUGCUUGCAAUGUUCCAAGAAGCUGUGCAUUGAAUGCGUGUUAGAUAGGAAGUAACUUGGAAAUUGCCAGAAAAACAUUUUUGUGUUGUUUUUUAUGUUUAUGUUAUCGCUUAGUCUAACUGAAACUUAAUUACUUUGUUUUUUGAGC